UCUUGCAAUCUUAUUUUUCAUGAUUAGUGGAACUACUUUUGGAAAUAAACUGCUUUAUUUUUUUUUUAUUUUUGUGCAAUUUUUUUCUUUUUUUACAUUGUAAAAUUUCCGGAAGAUGAUGCUGUUGCCGUUAUACACAAAAACUGGAUUGAUGGCAACAGCUGCAUGUGGCCUCCACAAACAAAGUACAUAAAAAGCUUGUUGAAAGCUGAGGCCAUGCCUGGAAACGAGUGGCUGAGACUGCCUUGUGAAGUGGUUGAUGCAUUUAGCACUUACGAUGAUGCGCUACGGGGCCUCAGAAAAGCUGAAGAUAACUCGGACAUUGCAAGUGCAAGUGACCGUGGCAGAGGAAAAAGGAAAGAAGGCAUUACAGUGAUGACGACGAGAUGCCACUCCCUCAGCCACCACAGUCUAUGCAGAAAAGAGCAACACAUGGUGUUGCAGAAAGAUCUGCAAGGAUGGAGCAUUCAAGGGUUUUGAAUAUGUCGCCGCAAUCGGCAUGUGAUGAAAGAACGCACGGUACUGCAAGGCAUUCUUCUAAGGAGCCACUGCACUUGUGGAACGUUGCACAGUGCUCUACAUAUGAUGACGAAGCUCAGAGCGACUUGCCAGGUUUCCGGCCUUCUGAAAGUCGGACGACGACACCAAGUUCAGGGCAUUACGAAUGUAGGAACCAGCCACAAGAGCAGGAAUAUUUAGGGUUGGAGAGACACCAACGAACCAGCACCCAUGCCUGCUCGCCUUUUAUGGCUGCCCCUUUGCCAAGGAAGGAGUUCCAGAUAAUUCCAGAAUUUUCACUUAUAACGAGUAAUGUAGAAUGUGUAAUGGAGGAGGAAAAUUCCAUUUACCAGUAG